AUGAAUCCAUUUGAAUUGAUUCCUAUUGUUAAUAAUGUACCAUCUAAAAUCGAAUCGAUCGAAAUUUGGGCAAAUAAUAUAUAUUUGGGUACAAACGAUGGCCAAGUAUUUUUAUAUAUUAUAGAAAGAGUCGAAAACAAUAAAAAAAUUACCUUCAAAAGUAGAAUGGAAAAAAGAAAAAGUUUAAAUCAUGGUAAAAAACCAGUUGAAAAGCUAUUAUUAAUGUCUGAUAUUGGUAAAUUAUUAACACUGUGUGAUGGUAAUGUUGAUGUUCUAAGUAUGUACAAUCUAGAGUCAACAAAUCAGCAACUAUUACCAACAAGUAAAGGUGUUAUAGCGAUUUGUUCAAAGAAAAAGAGCCCAGAAUAUAAAAUUUGUGUUGUAACAAAAAAGAAAUUAACAUUUUAUGAAUUUGUUGGUGUAUUUGAAAUGUAUAAAGAAAUAGUUUUACCAGAUGUAGCUAUGACUGUAGAAUGGUGCAAGAAUAGCAUUUGUAUUGGUUCAAAGAAAGAAUAUGCAAUUUUAGAUGUAGAUAAAGAAAAUUAUAGAUCAUUAUUAACAUUCGAUAAAAAUCAAACGGGCCAAAGUAUAAAGUUAAUUGUAGAUCAAGAAAGACUUUUGUUAACUCACGCAAAUUUUUCGUUUAUGGUAGAUUUAGAAGGUGAAAUUAAGGAAGGUUCAAUUCCUUGGGACUCUCAUCCAAUUUCAAUGGCCUAUAUAGAACCAUACUUAAUAUCUUUAACACAAAAUAAAAACAUUUUAAUUCACGAUAUGAAGGACCAACAUUCAAUUCAAGAGCUAAAUACCAUUUCACAAUCCAAUAAUGGUAAAGCCAGUGGUCAGAUUCAAUUCAAUCAAGUUUUUGAGGGUAGAGGUGAUGGUAAAGAUUUUAUUGUUCUCUAUAGUAGCAAUCCAAAUGCAGUUUAUUGUUUACAUUUAGGAAAUAUAGAUGAUAUUGUAAAUACUUUAGUCACAAAAGGAGAAAAUGAAGAGGCAAUUCGUUUAUUUGAAAUUUUCUUCAAGAGAGAAAGAUCAGAAUUUGAAGAUACAUACGAUCCAAAAAAAGAAGAACUACUUCAUAAGCAACGUCUAAGUAAAGUCUAUGAAAAAGUGGCAUUAUCCGAAUUCUUUAAAUUCAAGUUUCAAAGCUCUUUCAAAUAUUUAUCAUUAGCAACAAUGGUGGAUCAUCGUUCAAUUAUUUCAUUUUUCCCAACUUAUAUGCCUUAUCAAACCAACUAUAGAUCACUAUAUGACCCAAAUGAUAUUUUCAAACUUAUCAACGAACAAAAUAGUCUAUCUCAAUCAGAAAAAGAAUCUUUAAUAACUGAAGCCAAAGAAAAUUUAACAAUUUAUUUAGAAAAUCAUUUAAAUAAGCUAAUAAAAGACCCAGCAGGAAAAAUUUCAGACGAAAAUAAAGACAUCACCACAAUUUUAUUAAAACUAUAUGCCCAAACAAACAAUAUUUCAAAAUUCAUGGUACUAUUAACAAGAUCAAGAUUAACAAUUAUAAAUACCAAUCAACAAAUAGAACAGCAACAACAGCAACAAUAUCAACAUCAAAGAUCUCAAAGUAGAGAUUACAAUUUAAAUCAACAACAGCAACCACAGCAACAACCAAUUAAUAUCAAUAAUCAAUUUUUUGUUCAAGAUAUUGAAGAAUGGUUAAAUGGAAAUAAACUUUUCAAACAUUUAGGCAUUAUUUUUCAAUAUACUGAAAAAUAUAGAAAGGCAUUAUUAUUAUGGAAUAAACUAUCAAUUAAAGAAUUAGGUGAUCCUUUCAACUCAGACGGUAUAGAGGAUUCAGUUUCAUUAUUAGAAUCUAAAAACAACGAUAUUUUACCAGAGCCAUCAAAAGAAUUAAUUUGGGAAUUUGCUCCAUUCCUCUUAAAAAAAUCACCAGAAACUGCAAUGCGUAUAUUCCUAAAGAAAAGAAAAGAUAGUUUGGCUGCAGACGAUGUAAUUGAAUUUCUUUUACCAUUUGGUGAAAAACUAUAUCAGCAAUAUUUAGAAUAUUUAAUCUUUCAAGAAGACAAUAAGCAAGAUUAUUUACAUACUCGUUUAGCCACCUCAUACAUCGACCAAGUUUUCAAUAAUAGUCCAGAUUUAUCAACCGCUCAAGGUAGAGUAGAUACUCCAGAACCAAAUGAAGAUAGAUUGAAACUAAUAGAUCUUUUGGAGUAUUCAAAUUGUUAUAAUGCCUCUACCCUUUUAAACCGUAUCCGUAAUAGUUUGCUCUAUGAAGAAUUGGUUAUCCUAUAUCUCAGAAUUGGUCAAUAUGAAAUGAUGUUUAAUAUUAUAAUUUGGAAAUUAAAUGACUUUAAAAAAGCUGAAUAUAUAUGUGUUUCAUUCGACCCACAAUUUAGUUUAUCAAAUGUUGCUUCCCCACCCGGCGUUUCACCAUCAACCAGUAAUAGUAAUUCACCAGCUCUCCAAUCAGCCCAAAGUACAUAUAGACAAUCAGUUAGACUAUCAACAAAUCUAAGUGGUGGUCAAUCAUCAUCCCCAAACUCAUAUAGCAUGUUUCAACAACAAGGUACCUCUCCAUCAAAUAUAAAUCCAGAAUUUCAAAAAAAUUUACCAAAAGCAUCACUAUACGAUCCAAAGAGACAAGAACUAUUUUUAUGUUUACUAAAAACCUACCUUAGCUUCAAAGAACAAGCAGUUAAGAUAAAUAACCAAUUAGUAAACUCUAUGAUUAAAGAUUCUCAAAAAAAUGGUACCAUGUUACCAAAAUUUAUAAUAGAGUUUUUAAACAACUACUACAACGAAAUGGAUCCAAUUAAAGUUAUACAAUUAUUACCAAACUCAAUUCCAAUCCAUGCAGUCGAUAAUUAUUUAGCCAAAAGCUUUAACUUUUCAAUUAGCCAACAAAGAGAAUCUAAAAUUGUUUGCAAUCUCCAAAAAUGUUUAAAUAUUCAAACUAGAGCUGAGUUCUUAAAAAUUUCCUCUGCUAGUGUUUUAAUUGGUACCGAUAAAAGAUGUAAUGUUUGCUCCAAACCUAUAGGUGAUCGUGUCUUUGUAUAUUUCCCAAAUGGCACAAUUGUUCAUCCAAAAUGCUAUCAAUUUUCAUAUAUUUGCCCUGUUUCACGUACCGAUUUUAAACUUAAUCCAAUAGAAUACCCCUAUUCAAUAUAAUUAACUAUUUUUUCCUUUUUAUAAAAUAUAUAAAUACAAAUAAAACAAAUAUUUAUAAAUUUUGUAAAC